UUGUUUACUUCUUUACUAUUUAAGUUAAUUCUAUUCAAUAUUGUUUAUUUUAAUAUUUACUGUGAGAAGUGGUAUGAAUAACUAUGUAUACUGUAGCGUCACUGGACGGUGAUAUUUACAAUCAUGAAUAUUUCUUGCUUGACGACGUGUGCCGUCUCUGUUGGAAAAGGAAUGCCACUCGAGAAAUAUCCUGUAAAAGUGUGAUCAAUGAAGCAGAAUACGGUAUUCCGCUAUUGGAUCAAAUACGAGAUUGUCUGGACAUCAUUUUAACUCACGAAUCACGGCCUAACAAAGUUUGUACAGAUUGCAGUGACGAGGUGAAAAGGUUCUACGAAUUUAAGAAAUUCUGUCUAGCAACUGACAAAAAACUUCGGGAAAUAUUACAGAAUUAUGUCAAAAUUAACGAAAAGUCAUCUAAUAACAGCGAAUGUUGCAUAAAAGAAGAGAAUGAGCUUCCUAUAGAGUUCGAGCAAGACGAGUCGUUCGACGACUUUCUAGACUCACUCCAGCAUUCUGACUCCGAUGAAAACGUAAAUAAACAAAAGAAGGUUAAGUUAAAACAGACUUACAAACCUAAAAGAUCUCCUACUUACUGUAAUAUCUGUAGAUUAGACUUUAAAACUGUCGAGCUAUUUUCUCUUCACAACUCUCAGAACCACGGAAUAGAGGGUAGUUUUUACAAGUGUUUCGGUUGUGAGAAACGCUUUAAAAGCCGUAAGACUCGAAUUGGACACGAAAUAAACUUCUGUAAAGGUUUAAAAGAUGGGUACAGAUGUACACUAUGUGACCGAUGCCUUCCAAAGAGAAGGAUGUAUGAAGCUCACAUGAGGGACCAUAGAGAAAAUGUGACGAUAGAGUUGCCGGACGAGUUGUUUAAGUGUAAUAAGUGUUGCGUCUCAUUUAAGACCAGGGAAGGCCUGAAGGAGCAUGUUUCAGAACAUGAGACUGCAAAGAAAUAUGUUUGUGAAAGUUGCGGACGCGUGUUCACCCGACAAGACUACCUCCACAAACACAAGCUCACACACACAGGCACUAAGCAGCAUGUGUGUCCACACUGCGGCUUCCGGUCUACCCAGCGAUCUUCACUCAUUGUCCACAUAAGAAAACACACGGGCGAGCGACCAUACAGUUGCGACAUGUGCCCGCAGCGUUGCAUCUCCAGUUCCAACUUACGCGCACACCGCCGCCGACAUCUCGGUGUUAAGAAAUUCCAGUGCACGAUAUGCGAGAAAAAAUUCGGCUACAAAGUGAGCCUAGACGAACACAUCGAGUCUUCCCACCACCGCUCGCAAACCCACCCCUGCCCGCAUUGCGGGGCCCACUACUCCCGCAAGCGGGGCUUGAAGCGACAUCUGACGGCGAAACACUGCGAGAAUGAACCUAGAGAUCAGGGCGAUAAGGUCGAUAAUCUGUUGGAGGUAUUGUAGUUACGCUACUUGGUCAUAGAUGGCGCCA